UAAACCGAAGAAGAUGCUUUCGCGAGAUAUUAUUCUAGGAAUCACGCUACUGGCUUUGGUAGUCAAAGCUCAACUGCCUCCCAAAGUAAUUGAAACAAAAGAAUCACUACUGAACGAGUUGCACUCGUUGCAAGACGUUAUUCCGCCCAACUACGCCAUUCGAUCAAACGAACAUCAGAAUGCACAGGAAAUCAACAGAAUAUUUGAAGAGUUUCUGGUACAGAACCAGGAAAGCAUUGAUGCGGUACUGCGAGUGCUCAAACUUAUCGAUCACGAGUUGGAAAAUGUAAUUCAAGAUUGCAUCAAAAUUUUCGAUCUGGAUUCGUUAGACAGCAGCAACGUGUUAUUCGUUCAAGUUACGAAACCACUGCUCUACGAAGUCAAAGUCCUUUGUGAAUUGAUAACCGAUAAACAGAUAGACGAAGUGGAAGCGGCCCUGAGUCAGGUUGAACAUCAUGCAGUCGACUAUCGGCAACGAUUGGAUCAGGUGAUGAAAGAUAUGGCUUCCGUUUCCGGGCAGCUGGAUGGAGAUCAUUUUAAGUCUCGAAUCGAGCUCAAAACAAUGCAAAUCUCGACUCAUUUGCAAGCGCUGAAUCGUACAUUUCUAACAGAAAUCGAUCAAAAUUUUACCAAGUAUAUGGACAAAUGGAUGGAAAAAUAUAAAAAAUUUGCGUCGAUGGUACCGAAUGGAGUUGAAGACGACGUGAACGAUCGGGCGGAGAUAGUGGCUCUCUUCGAUUUCGUUGACUAUUUAAACAACGAAACUAGCGUUUUGCAAGACGAGUUGGCAGAAUUUCUCGAUUAUUGGGUGGAAUUGGUGGACGAAACACUGGACUCAGUGACGAACGGGUCGCUAGAAAUUGUUGAUUUUCUUGAAAAUCACCCUUUGGAAAAUUUCAUUACCGGUGACGCUAGUUUGAAAUGCGUUUCUAGUUACUAUCAAAAUCUGGACGAAACUAUUCUGCUUGUAUUGGAUGGUUUUUUUCGCUGUGUGGAUUACGAGCAAGAAAUGACAAAAGCAUUUCAGCAAAUUGACUCCGUUCUCGAUUCCACGAACAAGGCGGUUAAUUUCCUGUUGGAUAGUUACAUAACCUGUAUCAAACUGGUCGGUCAAUUCGGAGGAGAUUUUGAGCUGAAAGAAUGUUUGGCGGAUCUGGAAGAGCUUCUGGACGGAACCAGUGAGUUUGUUGAGCAUAAAAGUACCGAGAUCUACUAUCACACAGAGGAUGCAAUGGUUUUCACUGGUGUCAUAAUGGGAGCGUGUGUGCAACUGAAAGCUCGAGAAGCUGUUUCGCAACUUGGCGGAAAGAUGAUCGAUUUUGACGCUUGCGGUGAUAAAGAGAUUAAAUGAGAGCUCCGCCUUCACCCGAGGAUCUGAUAGUAUAAUUACAUGGUAAUGACAAUACAACUUUAUAUGAAGAUUCAUUACAUCUUUUAUACUAUCAUUAUUUAUGUUAUUACUCGAUUUGUAAUGACACUGCCAAACCUCGUGUAAG